GGGCUUUGCGUUACAUUUCCGCAUUGUAGUGGAAAGAUUUUGUACAGAUUAGCCUUCUUAUGCAGAAGAAUUGGUGAUCAUCUCUCACCUGUGUGCACUUUCGGAACAUCUGUAACUCAGCAAAUCAAUGUAUAACUUCUAAAAUUUGACAAGUGGCAUGAGACUGAAGAUUUAGUUUGUAUUAUCAAAUCUACCACUGCAACUGAAAUUGCAUCACUUCUGUUAUUCAUAUUUAAAAUAAAUGAGCAGCAAAUUUAAGAAACACACACGUGCUUAUCACGGAGAGUCUAUUUUAUCCUAUUACAUUCGAGACAAAAACUGGGAGCAAACUGUAGAUUUGACUGGAGGGCAGACAUGCGUAUCGAUCAGUCAAAGUGUUUCAGCAGUCGAAAUAAACCAAAAAAAUGUCCAUUUUACAAAUGGAUUCCAGAUACAUCUAUUACUGUUGAUGCUUUUCGUUAUGGUGAUAUUCCUGGAUGCACUUGCUACUUUCUCUCCCAUUUCCAUUCAGACCAUUUCAGAGGAAUUCACAAGAAUUUCAAGGGUCGCAUUUACUGCAGCGAGGUAACAAAAAAUCUUUUGAAAGAUACUUAUGGUCCAAACCUAGUUAUUAGUGUUCUUGAAAUAGAAAAAUGCACGAAAAUUUGUGAUGUUGAAGUUACAGCCUUCGAUGCAAACCAUUGUCCUGGCUCCUUGAUGUUCUUGUUUCAUUUACCGUCAAAGCAGAAGACUUAUUUGCACACUGGUGACUUUCGUUAUACACCAGAGAUGUUAAUUCUCCCUAGUUCGCUGACAAACUAUUUAACCAAUGAUUGCCUUAAGGAUAUGUCGUCGAGAAUAGAUUCGGUGUUUUUGGAUACGACGUAUUGUUUUUCUCAGUAUGACUUCCCAACUCAAGAGAAAGUAAUUGAAGGAGCAGUAAAAAUUACUGCUGAAUAUCUGACUAAGGAUCGUACCACCUUAAUUAUCUGUGGAAUGUACUCAAUUGGCAAAGAACGAUUUGUUUAUGGCAUCGCGUCUGAGCUAAAUCUACAAGUUUGGUUACCGAAAUAUCAAAGUCGACUAGUCAAACUAGCUGCUCAAGGUGGUUGUGAUGUUUGUAAAAAACUGCUUCAAUGUGUAACUAAUAAUCCUCAGAAAGCUCAACUUCAUGUCCUUCCUAUGCAACAGUUAAAUUUGAAAAGUCUCAUUAAGCAUAGAAAUGAAAUGGGUAGUCCUUUACCAGCUGAUCCUUUCCAAAAGUCAUCUUGUAAAUCAAAUUCGCGUCCUGUUUUAGGCUGGCGCCCAACCGGUUGGUCUCACCGAAAGUUGAAUAGAAGUCAGACUUCAUUAAUACCCUUACCCGAGGGAGUUGUGCUGGAAGGCAGGCAAGAAAAUAUUCAUAUAUACGGUGCACCGUAUAGUGAACAUAGUAGUUUUCUUGAACUGAAAGAAUUCAUUACGCGGCUUCGUCCAUCACGUGUGGUGCCUACCGUACUCGGUAAAUCGGCGGCUUCCGUGAAAGAUACAGUAAACAGUUGGUUAACAUAACUACAGUAAAAAUUGUAAAUUUGUGAUUUCCUAACCAACUUUUAAAGUUUUAUUAAUUGUCAAUAAAAUGUAUGUACGCUUGCA